ACAAGGACGCCUGGUCACCCGCAGGCAGCUCCGCCUUCCCACUACUGUAAGGGACGGCUCGCCACCUCAGGCUCCGCGCUGCUUGGUCACAAGAGUCUCCUUUGCCCGGCACAAUAGCAGGUGAACUUGGAAGUGGAAGCAAAGAGCCCCACUCAGUCCACACACACGCACACCAGGUAAAUCAGCUUCACUGAAAAGGGAUUGAGAUAUAAUGAAGACCUCACCAAACAAUGUUAGGAUAACCGUCAUCCCAAGGACAUCCGUGAGUUAGCAUCCAGAUUCUGAAGCUGGAGAGUCAUAGGAUCAAGUCUUGUGUCUGCUACUUACUAGUUUGUCACUUUGAACGUUACUUCCCAUAUCUAAGCCUCAAAAGUCUGGCAUCUAUGAAACAAGCAUGAUACCAUGUGUCUCAGGGCGCUUUAGUGGGGAUUAAACAGGUGGCCGUUCUUCCACAAAUGGCAUCGCAUCAUAUGUCACCACCCACAAAUCUACAGAUCUGUAAAAUGGGUGUGACGGGGAGGACAAACUGACCUGAGCUGGACAGACAACACCAGACCCUGAGGAUGCUGGAAGAGGAACAGUGCUUGUGAGACUCACCUGGUGACCAUGGGCCAGCAGCGGCAGCUCUGUAGUGGGCACCCUCAGAUCAUCUUGGGAAGGGAAAAAGGAUGACAGCAAUGGAUCACCAGUUCCCUUCUUGGAUCGUUGUCGAUGAGAGCACAUCCAUAAGCAGGGAACAACUCAAUUAUUUACUGGAGACUUAUAAUGUUUUCUAUGAAAACCAGAAAAAUCUGCAUAUACUGUAUGGGCAGACCGAAGACGGACAGCUGAUUGUUGAAGGGAUGCUGGACAUUUUCUGGGGAGUCAAACGACCCAUACAGCUGAAAAUACAAGAUGAGAAGCAAAUCUCUUCCUUUGAUCUCUUGAACACACCGGAAACCUUUUCCAGCAAAGGGAGGAUGACUCGCUGGGGAGAAUUUGAUGACCUUUACCGUAUCAGCGAGCUGGACAGGACCCAUGUUCUAGCAUCUGAAGCCAGGCAUUCCCCGGAAGACUAUUUAUCUUACCACAGCACUCUGACACCAUACGCAGACGAAGAGCUGGAAUCCCCGUUGCUCUACAGGACCAUGAGUGAGGCAGAAUCCCCAUUGCUCUACAGGACCAUGAGUGAGGCAGCUUUGGUGAGAAAAAGGAUGAGGGCCCCAGAGAUGUACAGAAAAGAUAGAAUGGGGGUGCUAAGUAACCACAGAGCCUCUAUCAAUGGACACGUCUACGACCAUGAGACGUCCAUCUUCACCCCAACUUUCGGAUCAGAGACUAAGGUCAGAGCCAAUAGUAUCAUGAGAACUGAAGAAGUAAUAAAGCAACUUCUCCAGAAAUUUAAGAUUGAGAAUAGCCCUCGGGAUUUCGCUCUUUACAUUAUUUUUGGGACAGGAGAGCAGAGAAAGCUAAAGAAGACCGAUGUCCCACUGCUGCAGAGGCUACUACAAGGACCAUCCAAAAGCAACGCUCGGAUCUUCCUCAUGGAUAAAGAUGCAGAAGAAAUCAGCAGAGAUGUGGCUCCGUACAUUAAUUUUCACUUUUCUUUCUUGGAAUCCAUCCUUCAAAGAUUAGAUGAAGAAGAGAAAAUGGAGAUCGAGAGAAUUAUAGCAAAAUUCAAUACCGAAAGGGCCUUUAUCCUGAAGUGUCUACAGAGUAAACAGGCAGCUAAAACGGAGACCACAGUCUAGAAGCCCUGCUCAGCGGAGUUAGAGGGAGCACUGCAGAAUCCGUGUGUGGUCUGCUCUGCAUCCUAAUACGCAUGGCUCUGAAGCUUUGGACAAACGAAUGCCGAGCAGCCUGCUUCCUCUUUGAAAUGCAGAGGUUGGCUGCGGUUCAGAGUUGGACUAAGGCAAGAUGGGACUUCAUUUCAGUACUGAAGGGAAGCCUGCACACUGCCCAUUCCAAAUGUCCUCGAUAGCAAGUUCUCAGGUGAGCUCAGACUCAAGUGGACUCUGCUCUUAUCACCUGGGUUAAGCUUGUUUUAUCUUGCACUCUUAAAAGAGCCGAGAUACUUUGAUGACUCAUAAAUGAUGGGAAGUAAACAUUUCCAAUUCCUGAUGUCAACAAGAAACACAUUCUCAAGCCAUCAGCGAUCUGAACUGACCCUGUUUCACAGCUGUGUAAACAUCUGAGCAUUUUCAUAAGAUUUAGGAAUAGAUCUACAAGGGCUGAUGAUUUUAAACUCUGAAGUAUCAGAGUGCCUGACCUUUUAGAAUAAGGUGGUUUUGGAUUUUUGUAAAGAAACCUAAACUCGAGGCUGGAGUGAUGGCUUCGUGGUUAAGAGCAUUGAGUACUCUUCUAGAAAUCGCCAGUUCAGUUCCCAGCAUCUACAGGGCAACUGGCAAUCAUCUGCAACUCCUGUCCCAGAGGAUCUGAUACCCACCUAUGUGGGCAUUGCAAGCACAGGGCGCACAGACACAGAGGGAGGCAAAACAGCUAUAUAUGUUAUAAAUAAACAAAUAUUAUUUUAAAAAAAAAAACUAAACUCUGAUUGUUCAUGCUCUUCAUUUGUCCCCACACCCUUCUGUGUAACUGGUAACAUCCAAGCUGUUUUAAAUGUUUUUAAAAAUGGGUUGUAGUCAUUAUCUUUCUUUACCCUUGUAAACAAAUAUAUACCACAAACAUAAAGUAUACUGUGUUUGCUAGGAGAGGACUUAACACAAAUGCAUCUUACCGCAAAUGUGUCACUGUUGCAGAAGAUUCCUGCAGAUAAAGCCAUGCUACUAUAGCUGAGCCAGGCAGGACAUCACAGCAUCCUUGCUGUUGUAUAAGACCCUCUCCAGGGUCUCACAGGUCUGCUAAUCCCACCUGGAAAAGCAAAAAUACUAUGGGGUUUUAUUUGUAAACUUAUAUCAACAAGGAGGUUUAAUCAAUAUUCUUCUAUCCCCAAAUGACUUCCAUUUGAAUUUCGUCUGACAUUGUUCAGUCGUGUUACCUGUACUACGGUGAGGUUGUAUUAUCAACAUUAAAUUGUGGAACAGUUCUAACAGUGAGCGAAUCAUGCUCAGCAUCGCCAGAACUCGGAGUCGGAUUCUGGCUGACAGGAUAGGAACAGUGUGGCCUUUGUGUCCAGGGAAGCCUACCUCACUGGUUGAAAUGAAAUCUUACAUUUCUAAUGUUUUGCCUAUUGAUCAAGAAAGGCAUGGUUUCAUCUUACUAAAAAUGGACCAAAAGAUCGUAAUAUAUUGGAAAACCUACCCAGGUAUGAUGGCAUAUCCUUGGAAUCUUACCCUCAGGAGGUGAAGGAAGGAAUAUUUCUAUAAAUUCGGGCCAGUGCAAACUACUUAGUAAGCUCCACGCCAACCUGUGCCUUAAAUAAGGCCCUAUCUCAAAAUGAGAUAUAUGUGUACAUGAAGUCUACAAAGUACGUACAAAGCCCAGCAAGCCUUACAGAGGAAAGGGAAGAUGGUAUGAAAACGCAUAGGAGAGAAAUGCAAAUAACUGCUAAGUGUUUGCCAAGUAUCAUAUCUAACAAUGACCAACUGCAUCAUCUGUUCAAAUCACUAAAGAGAAACCGUGCAGUCACAUAAAGUGAGUUUAGCAUGAAGAAUUAUUUAACUAUGAUAGGACAGCAACAGAAAGGACAGAAAUAGAGCUCUAACGGGUACCUGGCAAAGCCAGCCCCACACAGCCCUGUUUUGAGUGUUCGUGGAGAUGAGGACUAAAUAUAGACACGAGGAUUCUGGCUAGUGAUCUGACCUGCACUGGGUUCUAGUUAUAGCACCACUGCCUGAAUCAAAAACUGUAUAAAUGGACCAGGUAGACAGAACCACAGAGCACUGCACCUCACAGGCUGCUAGCACUGGGAAGAACACGGGAUAAAGGGUGAAGGAAAAAUCUGGUCUCCAGGAGCCAUGGAAGCCUCAAAGACCUCCAACGGCUAUGUUUUUACAGUACGCCCUCUGCUGGCAACAUAUGAUAUUGUGUAAGCUGCGAAGGAAACUUCCGAACCCCCACCACCUAGGGCCGACUUCAAACUGAAUUUGGGCAGAGAAAAUAAAAGCUACCAUAUCAGUGCAACAAAAUCCCUAUUAGCAAAGAUUAAACUAUUCGGCAGAUAGUGACAAUGUUUGCUGCAGCAAAUGUUUUUCCCCCUUGAACACAAAUUAGAUGUUAAAUUUAUC